AGUGAAGUGAAGUGGGUUAAAAUUAGUUGGAGCAAGCCUUACUCCAACCCAACCCGGGUUAUACUUCAAAUCAAUACUCCGGGUUAUGCUCCAGGUUGCUCCAUAUGGAGUAACCCGGAGCAGAGCUUUUUUAUAACCCAGGCUGCUCCAUAUGGAUCUACUUCAUACGCGUACCGGUAUGAUUCAAAAAUUUUCAUUAUGGAAUGUGAACCGCGACUAUUUAAACCACUUGUCCCUGCUCCGGCAGGCUGCGAAUGCAGCAAUUCUGUUUGUAAAGUAAGGACGGCUUCUGCUUGGCGCAGGAAUCCAGCGGGUGGGUGGUUGUGCAAUGCGUGUGGUAUCUUCUUUAAGACAAGAGGUUUCCAUCGACCUCUUAGCGUGAUAGAGAUGAAUAGAACCGCUAAGCGUAGAGAUACUGAACUUGCAAAAGCAAACCAAACUUCAAGAGUUAGAAGGAAGAUACGCCGAAAGAAGAGAAUCAAAGAAAGCACUAAUGUUAAAAUACCGGAAUCAUCUCAAUUGGAAUUAGAAGAAGUCCAAGCAUAUAACGAUGAGCCAUUGCCCUGGGAACAAAAAGAAUAUUUGAAAUGUGGAUUAUACUCUAUUGAUCUUAAACUAAACGAUCGCGAAAAAAGUUUGAAGGGUAAAGAUAAGGUGACAACCUCGGAAAUAUUUCCACUCCCUACACAAUAUGGUCAAUUUCUUAUAACGGAUCAGCGAAAUUUCUAUCUACCAUGGGAUAUAAUGACUGCUCAUAAGCAAGGGUUACUACAAAGAGGAUUUAAAAAUAUUAAAACUAGUAUUUUCAAUUUAUCAAUUUCAUUUGCUUCAAAAAAAAAAAGAGAAUUUGAAGAUUUAUUUUUCGAUUUAUUUUCAGAUAUAUUUGUUGAUCGUAAGCGCAAACAAGAUGAUGAGCCAAUCGUUUGCAAUUGCAAGCCAUGCGGUGAGGGUGAAAUUGGUUGCACCGAAGAAUGCGUUAACAGGGUAAUGUUUUACGAAUGCUCUCCAAAAUAUUGUCCUUGUGGAGAACAAUGCUCUAAUCAAAGGUUCCAGAGGAAAGAAUCAGUUAAAAACGUAAAGGUGUUUAAGACUAAAAACAGAGGAUUUGGACUUCGCACACUCGUUAAAAUUAAAAAAGGUCAAUUGAUUUUAGAAUAUCGAGGCGAGAUUAUUUCUAAAUGUACGGCCAGAAAGAGAAUGGAGACCAAGUAUUUGCAUAGGAAGAGCGUGUAUUUCCUUGAAUAUGGCAAAGGUGAAGUUGUCGAUGGUGCUGUGUGUGGAACGUUAGCUAGAUUUAUUAAUCAUAGCUGUGCACCGAAUUGUCACAUUGAAAAAUGGAGAGCACCAAACGGUGAACAUUUCAUUGGCGUAUUUGCUUCGAAUGACAUAAAACCGGGAAUUGAAUUGACUUAUGAUUAUAACUUCUCCACAUUCGGCGGUGCUCAAGAACAAGAAUGUUUUUGUGGGGCACCUAACUGUCGUGGUUGGAUAGGUGGAAAGCAUCGAUCAACAAAUAUAAGUGUGCGCGAAUAG